UUUUCUUAUUUGAUUGUCAAAACAUUGGCUUCAGAAAUGUUUGAGGGUUUGUGUCUUUUUGUGGGAAAACUGUGUAAAUGGAACUAAUGGUACUGGAACUAAAUGAACCUACCAGAGGGAUUCUGUCUUCUGCAGCACUGGUUCCACUAUCCUUUAGCUAUUUUUAAUUGUUUGCCCAGUGAUUGUUGAUACACUUUUUUUGACUUGUUCUUCUUAGAGUUUCUCUGAAGUGAUUCUUAACAAAGUAAACAAACUUUCUAGUUUAGACGUAUGUAUAUGUGAAAAUCAAGAAAUUGCCACAGCAGCAUUAGGGUAGAUUUGCUUCUGUCUUGCUUGCAUUACAUAGUUUUAAAAUAGGCAUGAAUUGCUGCCUAUUCUGAUCUGGUUGUAUUUCUAAAACUUUCUGUGCAGGUAAAAAAGACUGCAUGUAGGCAUAUAGGUGUAUUUUAUGAUGAAUCAGCCCUUGCAUAUAGUGAGCAUAUGCUACCAAUUGUAGGAUAUCAUCUCAAUGCUUAUAUCCACAAAUCUAAUCAGCAAGAAUGGAGGACAAGAAAAUCUGGAAAGAAGAUUCAGAUAGUAAAGACAGUAUCUGGUGCUAGAGACAAUGCAGUUGGCAUAUUCAAUGCUAUUUUUCCUUCUCAGCAAGAAGGAAGGGGUUAUAAAUCUUGCUUCUGCUGUUACUUCUGUCAGUCAAUGAAAAUACUAAACCUGCUGUGGUAAAGCUGAAUGCGGCUCUUGUUACUCCACCAUCUCAAAAAGAAUGUAACUGAUAGUUGAUGUACCACAAGUAGUUUUGAUGACAGAAAAUAUUGCAGCCCAUUGUAUCAAAUUAGACUUCAUUUGUUCUACCUGAAAAGUCUUGUUCUAGAAUGAUGUGUUGUUUUCUUUGGCUUUUUUUAAGGAAUGGAGAAGGUGGUUGCUUGUCCAUACAAAAGGCCAGAUGCUCUCUAUAGGUUGAUAUGCUUUCCAUGGGCUGGAAGUGGAGCUUCUCAUUUUGCUCAUUGGGGCAGCCUCUUCAGCAGUUCAAUUGAAGUGUCCUCCGUAAACCUUCCUGGAAGAGAUUCUCGUCAGGGGGAGCCUUUUGCAAAAGACAUGGCACAUGUAGUUAAUGAAAUUUCAAGUGUUUUGUUAAAAGGACUGCAAGAAAAACCAUUUGCAUUUUUUGGUCACAGCUUUGGAUCGUAUGUUAGUCUUGCAGUUGCACUACACUUGAAAGAAAAGUAUGGACUAGAACCAAUCCAUCUUUUUUUAUCAGGGGCACCCACCCUAAAUUCUGAAGCAUUUACUUACCUCAAAACCGCACAUGGGGUAAAAGAUGAAGACCUUCUUGCAAAUCUAGAAAUUUCAGGAGGAACUCUUUUUGAGGUUCCGCAAAAUAAAGACCGUAAGAAACAUCUGAUAAAUACUCUCAAAGAAGACUCUAGAGUACUUCACACAUGGUCUUUUGAGAUGGCAGAUGGGAAUAUCCCCUUCUCUUGUGAUAUUACCUGCUUUAAUGGGUCUGAAGAUCAGCAAGCACGUGAUUUAGAAGCCUGGCAUGAUCUAACAAGUGGAGAUACUUCCUUCUACAAACUUCCUGGAGGUCACUUUUAUCUGCUGGAGCCCUCUAAUGAAAUUUUCUUGGUAAAACUUAUAACAAGAUAUAUAGAACAUGCUGGCCUAUGAGUAUUUCCCUCUGUUUUAAUGGCAGACAGUGUAAGAUUAGUCCACAGCAGUUCAAAAUAAGUCAUUCUUUCUGUACAAUUGCAUGCAGCUAUGCCUAAGAGUUGUUUUGUUCCUCCUUUAGGGUUGGAAAGGACCUUAAGAUCAUCUAGUUCCAACCCCCCUGCCAUGGGCAGGGACACCUCACACUAAA